AUGCCAGUCGAAGAACUUGAAGAUCGUGUCAUCAUCACUGAUCCAUCUGAUUCAUCCAAUUCAGUAACUAUUUUGAAAUUUGGUGCUAAUAUUAUUUCAUGGAAGAAUAAUAAUGUUGAAAAAUUAUGGUUAUCAGAUGCUGCUAAAUUAGAUGGUAGUAAAGCCGUUAGAGGUGGUAUUCCAUUAGUUUUCCCAGUUUUUGGUAAACAAAAAGAUUCAAAUCAUCCAACUUUUAAAUUACCACAACAUGGUUUUGCUCGUAAUUCAACUUGGGAAUUUUUGGGUCAAACUACUGAAAAUCCAAUUAGUGUUCAAUUUGGUUUAGGUCCUGAAAAUGUUGAUCCAGAAACUUUAAAAUUAUGGAAUUUUGAUUUCACUUUAUUAUUAACUAUUACUUUAUCUAAAGAUAAAUUAAUUACAACUAUUGAUGUUGAAAAUACUGGUAAAGAAUCAUUUGAUUUCAAUUGGUUAUUCCAUACUUAUUAUAGAAUUGAUGAUAUUACUGAUUCUUUAGUUAAUAAUUUGGCUGAACAAACUUGUUUUGAUCAAUUGGUUGGCGAAUCUUAUAUUGAAAAGGCUCCAAUUAUUAGUUUCCAUGAAGAAUUUGAUAGAAUUUAUUCAAAUGUAAGUACUGAAAAAACUUUACAAAUUGUUGAUAAAGGUAAAGUUUUAUUUAAUGUUGAUAGAAAAAAUUUACCUGAUGCUGUUGUUUGGAAUCCUUGGACUAAAAAAGCUGAAGGUAUGGCUGAUUUUGAACCAAAAUCCGGAUUUCAUCAAAUGUUAUGUGUUGAACCUGGUCAUGUCGCUACAAUGAUUUCUUUACCUCCAGGUGAUAAAUGGUCAGGUGCUCAAGAAAUUACUCUUGGUGGUGAAAUUAAAGUUCAAGCUAAGAUUUAUUAG